AUGUAUGGAAUGUUGCUGGAAAGCGUCCAACAUUUUGUUCGGAAGGAAUAUGGAGAUCAGAUGUGGCUUCAGGGUCUGGAGGGCUCUGCUUUUAAAAACUGUGUCUUCAGCACACACCAAGUGUAUCCAGAUCACAUCAUGAAAGAUUUAGCUGCAGCUUUUGCCAAGCACACAGGUGCAGAAAUAGACGAUUUCAUGCGUUUUUUCGGACGGUGUUUCGUCCGUUUUUUUAGCCACUAUGGUUACGAUAAACUGAUUCGAGCUUCUGGGCGAUUCUUUCGUGACUUUAUCCAUGGCAUCGAUAAUCUACAUCAUCAGAUGAGGUUUAGUUAUCCGCGGAUGCAAAGCCCAUCUUUCUAUGUAGAAUCUGAGGACGUUUUUGGAGCCGUCUUGCAUUAUAGGUCUAAACGUCAAGGCUUUACUUACUACGUUAUUGGUCAGCUGGUAGAAAUUGCCACUGUUGUGUAUGGAUUAGAACUGGAGAUCUCUAUCAUUCAGGACAUUCCAGAUGAAAAAGGGACAGGAUGUCAUAUUAUUUACCACCUUCGCUUUGAUAACAAACCCUACAAGAAGGUCCAACAAAUUCGCCAAGAAGCAAAAGAUCUAUGCCCAGUUUCAUGGAUUUACCUAUUUCGACUGUUUCCCUUUGGCGUAGCUUUUGAUAAUAAUAUGAUUAUCAUGGAAGUUGGUGGAAAACUUAAAGAGAUAUUCCAAAUUUCGGACUUGGUUGGAAAACCUAUGGAACUGUUUUUCCUAUUACAUCGUCCUCGAGUUUCGUUUAACUGGGAGAAUGUUGUCACUCUCCAAGAGGUUGUAGUAGAACUAGAAUGUCUGACACCAGACAACAGUGCUACUAAACCCAGUGACCGAAGGUGCAGUAUUUCAACCCGUAAUCUGUUUUUGAAAGGCCAGAUGAGAUAUGUAGAAGAGUGGAAGGGCAUAGUCUACCUCUGCGUGCCAUUACUAAGUAACAUCCAAGAGAUGAAGGAGGUUGGACUUUACCUAACGGAUCUUUGUAUUCAUGACCGCAGCAGAGAAAUAGUUUUAGCUGGAUGGCAGCAUUGUGCUCGACUUGAGAACUCCUAUGAAAAACAAGAAGAACGCAGUAAAAGACUUGAAAUGAAUCUAAAGAUGUGGGACGAAUGGAAGAAGAAAGGAGACGAAAUGUUAUAUUCUAUGAUCCCUAAACCAGUGGCAGAACGACUUGCGAAUGGGGAGGAUCCGAUUAACACUUGUGAAACUUUUGAAGAAGUAUCCGUGUUAUUCAGCGAGGUUGUGGAUUUCUCAGUCCUUUGUUCACGCAUUACUGCACGUGAAGUAGUUUCGUACGUGAAUGACGUGUACAUCUUGUUUGAUAGAAUUAUCGAUCAGUACCGCGUCUUUAAGGUAGAGACAGUAGGUCAGGUUUACUUGCUAGUAAGUGGAGCACCAGAAAAACACCGACAUCAUGCUUCCCACGUGGCUGAGGCCGCUCUUGAUAUGAUGUCACAUAUCUUUUUACUGGAUAAGCUUUACUUCGGGAAGAAGGUUAUGAUACGCAUAGGUAUUCACACGGGACCAGUAGCAGCUGGGAUUGUUGGAAGAAAAAUGUUAAGGUAUUGUUUAUUUGGCGACACUGUCAACACAGCAGCUCGAAUGCAGACUCAUGGCGAGACAGGCAAGAUUCAUAUAAGUGAAAAUACCAACCACCAACUUGUACAGUGUGGUUUUAUAACUGAACCACGUGGAACUAUUAAUGUGAAGGGAAAAGGACUGAUGAAAACAUACUGGCUUCUGAAACGAGACGAAAAUUGCUGGAGAUGAUAACGUCACUAAACUGUUUUCCUUGAAGCGACAGAGAAACAUAAAUUCAUUCUUUAUUUUGAUAUGAUUUUGCAAACAGAAACAUUAGAGUUGAUAUUUUUAUUCAAAAUGAUCAUAAAAAAACUUUGGGUCCAGCUCUCCCUACAAGCAACGUGUUAAAGAACUUGUCAUAAAAUAUUCGCUAAAUAAUAUACAUAUUUUGAAUAAUCAAUAAUUAAUUUAUCACUUAAUAUUUCAUAAGUAAAUAAUAUUUUGUUCUGAGCAUAAACUGAUUAUUCUGACACUAUGAUGGAAACUACAGAAAAUCAUAAA